AUACUGUAUGGGUCCCAACUUUAAAGGAAUUCACUCUUAAUAUUAAAGCCCAAUAGUGUCCGUGAAAAAAAAAUUGUUUGCUGAAUUCUUGGAUAAUUUGUUUUUGUUGUUGUUGUUGAAAAGAACCAUAGUAUCAUUGAAACUUAAGUUGUUGAUGUAUCGAUGUGGGAUUUUUAAAUACUGUGCAGAGCAUUUCUGUGAGGGCCAAGUGAAGCCAUAGAAAUAGGCUUGCACAAUGAAUUUCAAGAUGCUUGCGUCAGUUGUAAUUCAAGCCCGUAGCCAGGGAGUUUGGGGGGGGGUCCUAUCGAACUCCCUAACAAUUACAAAAGCAAGGGAAAAAAUGGAGAAAAGGGAGAAGGGAAAAGAUGGAAUCAAACCCCAUAAUUGAUAACCCUGUCCGUGCUCCUGUAAUUUAUGGAUAUUUUUUGGCUAACCACUGAUAAAUUCGUUGGAAAGCUUAUUGACCAGCACAGCUCAUGAUCAAAUGAUGCCACAAAAAAUGUAUUGAAUCUUUGUAUAACCUAGUACAUUUAUAAACACUAUUAAAUUCAUUUCAGUUGAUCUAUUGUAUGUUAUAUGGUUUCAUCCUUGUAUAACCUGUUGAAUAAAAAAAAAAUCAGGCCGUCUCUCUUUUCAUCCAUGCUGCAUUUUAUAGCCUAGACAAGGAAAUUAACAGGAGUCCCUAGUUUAACCCUAUCCAGCCCUGGGGUGGGGGCUUAAAAUUUUUCACAAUAAAUCUGUAAUGCGAAAAGAUCGUGCCGCGGUGUUUCGUGACUUUUUUCUUCAAGUCUCAUGCAACUUUUAAGACCAAAUUCACGAUGCUGGGUUACACGGUUCCAAAAAUACGUAACAUUUUGUAAGUGCAUGCCAGACCUAAAAUUGCUCAAAAAGGUGAUUUCAUGUGCAAAUCCAAUGCAAAUUCUGUAUGUAGCCAAAAUUAAUAAAUGUAUCAUUUUUAUUUUAACUGAUUAAAAGCAAUAGCUUUCAUGUUAUUUGUGACUGAAAUAGCAUUGCCGAUGAUUUCCAUCAAAAAAACAAUAAAAUACUUAAAAACAAAAAUGGAUAUUGCAAUUUUUAAAUACUCAUUUGAUGAUAAUCCUAAGAAGAGCGUUCUGACCAGAAUUUAGCAGUUUUGGUGGUUAUAUUGAAAGAUUUACAGCAAAAUUAUGAUGUUAUGCAUUAAUUAGCAUUAUUAAUUAAAAAUGAAUUUGAAUAAUUUUGGUAUAAUUGACAAUUGAAUUGUGGAGAUUAUGUCAUGGAUGACAUGCUUGCCAAAUUUCAUCGCGAUCGCACAAUCAACGGCCUAGAUUAGGGGGGGGGGCCAAAACAUCCCCCCCCCGGCUAUGCGUUUUCAAAAUAGCCCGGGCUAUUUAGUUAUAUGCUAUAUAGUCACAAUGAAAUGAAACAAAUACCUUAGCACUUCUGAUUUAAUUCUGACUGAGAUUCGUAGUCUGACAUGGACCAAUAGACAAGAAUAUUAAAGUCCUGCUUGGGAAGUAAAAUUAAUGUACAGACAUAAAACUGCUAUUAGAUAUUCAGGGUGAACGGAAUCAUCCCCAAGUAAGUGAGUUGUGUGCGUACACUUAUUGUUGAUGAUUGUUGAGCCUGUUUUAUUGACUAGCUAAGAGUUUAACCUCUGAGACUUGAUUUAUUUUAUCUGUUCCCUCUUUUUAUUCUUAAUGCUCAAUACUUUUGUUGUUUGUAAUUUGCAGUGAAAGUCCACAGAGUUACCUUGAUGAACGUUACCAGUGCGAUUCCCAUAGUUCAGAUGAUCACUACUUCACCAGGUUUGGAAGCAGCGGGGGAAGAAGUCGCACCCCGGAUUCCCCAUCUCAUGUAUCGAUAAGAGAAGAAGCACUGGAGGCUAACGAUGAAUAUAUGAGUAUGUCGCCCUCUGCGUCCUCUAAAGCAUUACCCGUACCCAGAACAUUUGCUUACAGUCCACACCUCCACCAUCGUCGAUUGUCCCCUUCCCUGGCCCAUAGAAGGUCCUCCUCCCCGGCCCUAACCUCCCCCACCUCCAGCCCCUCCCUAGCCCCGGGAACCGGUGGACAGCACCUCCAGGUACCGCAUCACUACCACCACCACCACCACCAGCAGCACCAGCAGCAUCACAUCUACCAGAAUCACCUAUUCUUGCAUGUUGCCUCGUCCUCCUCGUGUGCCUCCAGCGCUGAGAGCUCGCCCCGUAGUCUCUCCCCUCUCGUUGUCGAUGAACCGGAUUCCUACAUGGCAAUGACCCCUAGCAACCGCUCAAGACCAAGCUCUGUUACCCUGGCAACAGGCUCCUCCCCUGCUACUCAGUUGACGCCGUCACCCAGCCAGAGAUUGGCCCCUUCCAGCAGCGCGUUGAAGGCACCAUCCAAUGAAGACGAGGGUUAUAUGAUGAUGGGACCCAGUCCAGGUUCCAAGAGAGCAACACCUAUAACCAUAACCCCACACGCCGGUAGCUCGAGUGCAGAACCUUCCACCUACAUGUUGAUGAACCCAUCGGCCAAUCGUCCUUCACCGUCCAACAGCCCCGGCUUAGCCUGGGCUCCUGCACCCAUGUCCAUCUCGCCCAUUGGAGGUGGAGGUGCCUUCACUACUACAAACUCCUUGGGAAAGAAGUCCCCUGACAAAAAGCACAGGAACUCUGCAGGACCGCAGGACGACGACCUGCUCAAGAUCACUUCAUCCGCUCAUCAGAGGUCACACAGUGAACCGGUGGUCGAUACCUAUUGCAAUAUGGAGUUUGAAGCAAAGCGUGGCCAAGUCUCGCAUAGAGCAUGCGAGAACAACAACAUUGAUAAGAAGGAUGCCACCCAGAGGCAUAGCAUGCCGGCGAAGGAACCAAGGUAUAUAAAUGUGAAUUAUGAGGAGAAGAAUGAACAUGUGGAUAGUAGUGUACAGGUAACGGUUGAUGCCCCAGACUGUAUAGAAGGAAAUGCCAUGGUUAGGAACAUUGUUGAUAGUACUGAUGAAGGUCUUGAUGUUGUCAAGAAUGGAUCGACGGACAGCGGCCUAAAUGGGGAGUACAUGAACAUGAGUUUUGGGAAGGGUAGGAAUGGUCCUAAAGGUGUGACUGAUCUGAGCAAGAGGCAGGUUCCCCCCUUGCUCAUAGAUCCGAUUACUCACUCUAACCCGGACAGUCAUGAUUACAUCAAUGUCCAAACAGAAACUCGGGAGACCGGUAUGAAGUCGAGUCCCCGUCACUCCCCCGUCAGCCCACCGUCCCCUUCGUGGUUGCGAAGACCGGUUGCUGAGCAACUCUUGAGGAAGUCGCUGGAAGACUUAUCCUUCUCGCAGCUCAGCAGCAUCCCGUCCAGAGGUAGUGCCAACUCUCUCACAGGGGUCGGAAAUAACAAUCGAAACAGCGACACCAUUAGCCCCGGUGCGCUGUCCUCGCAUCACUCGUCACGACGUUCCAGCCAGUCAUCGCUGAGCGGUGAAAAGGAAUUGAACUAUGUCGAUGUUGACAUUGGACAACCUGCUCCUGACAAAUCUGGUAGUUCCACACCAGCUUUGCGGGAGAAACGAUCACGAUCCCCCUUCAGACGUAUCCCCAAUGAGGAUAAGAAUUGCGAUCAAGUCAAUUAUUCCACCAUCGAUUUCACAAAAUCCGAAGGAUUGAGAAAUGUAACAAGCAACUUACGAGAUGCUCGCUACUAAUAAUCACAUCGCCAUUGCUCGUGAACUUCAGACUUUUCAUGACUCUGUUGAAAUGUCAUGGAUAUUGAAAUGCGAAACACUUUACAGAGCUUUCGUACUUUAUUUCUUUUUUAGUUGAAAAAAAAGAAAGUGAAUGAAAAAAGAUUUAUAUGCUGGUUCAAAUAUUUGUCUAUCUGCCUAAUCCUCAAUCUAUUAUCAGCCACUUCAGAUAAGAAAUAAAAACCGAAGAAAGAGGAGUUGUUUCUGAUUUAUUGUGAAUUUAGUGAUCGUACAGGGAAUUCAACGUAGAUUGUUUCCCUGUAUUUAUUAAACCUUCAAAAUAAACUUUGUCAUUUGGUGUUUAGCUCAUGAACCACCCAGAAUGUAUUCAAGCUGUUGGUCAUAACACCAUUUUUUAAUACUAUGGUGUGAUCCGUACAUUUUUGUGAAAGGUAACAUGUUAUGAAUAUGAUAGUGAUUGGAUACUCUAUCGGCUUGUGUUGUGAAAAGAUUAUCUUUCUCUCUAUAUAUAGAUAUAUAUGAAGUUUGUUCAUUCAUAGAUGCCUUUAUGAAAACAAGAAAUGUUGCUAUUGUGUUUACCAGAUAUGGCUAUCAAAGCAAAACGUAAUUUGAUACCCAUUUUAAUUUUUGAUAUUUUGUAUAAGGGAUUUGAAUGCAUAUUUGGUACAUGGAACUGUUGGUUCACGUUGUGUACGUAUACGAUUGAUAUUGUAAUUUUGUAGGUCAUACAUGUACAUUUUGGUGUGAUGAACUUUGCUGUUUAUACUGUAGCUCCCAAGAUUACGCAAAAGGAACUCUGCAGUCAGUCUCUACCAUUGUGUACCUUUAUGCAUCUGUGAUCAUGUACCAGCUUUCAAUUUCUGUAUACAUUAAUUUUUAUUAAAUUCCUUCAAUCACAGCUAGCAUUUUAUAUGUUGACCCACGAUUGGAUAACACUAUCAAGGCAUUUUCCAGAGGGUGCUGGGAGCCUGCUGGUUCGGUCGAUAACAUACUGACCAUAAGCAUACUGACCAUGUCUAUGUUUGCGUCUGUCAGGGCGAUUUGACGUUGACAUCCACAUACUGACUGUCGCUACUUUUGGCUAUAAACACUAAUGAUAAAUUCAGCGAAAAACAUUUUUUACAAUAUCCUGUUGUGAGUGAGCAGUUACGCAGCACAAAUUUAAGAAUGAGCAGAUAUGUUUUUGAGCCACUCUGCAUGAAAAUAUAGACUUCAACAGUAUUAUCAUUUCUUUCAUGUAUGAAUUCUUUAAUGUUUACUGGACUAAUAAGCAUCACAUUCACCCAAGCCCAACUUGGAGUAUUUGGGAAUUCCAGGGUUUAAUAGGGAGAUAGCUCGCAAGUUAUGUGAAAACUUACAUCAGGGCCUGCACACCUCCCGGCCAUCGACGAUUGUACAAUAUACAGGACGAAAGUGCAAUGAUGGCAUUGUUCUUGUAUGAAUGUAUCUUCAAGGUCUGCCCUCUCCGCUGCCUCUCUCAUGUGAACACUCAAUAUCUCAAUGUCUGUUGGCAAGGGAAGGUGGAACAUGCGUGUGGAACUCCCUUUCUGCCAGUAGCAGAAGCUGGACUUUGGUGUCCCACUUGAUUGUCCGUGAGUGUCCGUUUACUCAAAGUGUUUUGCUUCCCUUGCGUUGAACUGCAUCUUCGUUCCUUAUGGUGUGUGCUUUUUAUGGCACACAACUUCCUCACUUGCACUGCCAACUUCAAUGCACUGGAUGGUGCUUGGAUCCUGGAAUCCUAAUCAAUGCCUUUUAUGCAUAAUUGUGUAUGUAUUUUGCUUCAAUUGAUUAUCAAUGUAAGUCUAUAGCAAACCGUGUACAAAAAUUUGCUAUCAAGAAAGUAAAUAUCUCUUUAUGUUGCAAAGCCCUAUUAACUGUCAAGAUGUAUAUCAUGAUUCUAUAUUUGUUUGUAUGACAAUCAAGUGUGCUACCUUAACAACUCAGUGUAAUCAUCUCAGAAUGAACUCCCAACAAAUUCAAUUCAGCUUAUUUUGUACUUAGGACACCAAGAAUUGUGUGUUUUAUUUGUGAGCAGAUAGGUAUGUUACUGCAAUUAUGUGAGUACAUUAUGGUUUCAGUGAAAGUGGAUGCUGUCAAAAAUUCAGAGAAGAUGAAUUUCUUGAUUUGGAUUGCGAUAUACUAAAAUAUCAAUGUUUAUUUUCUAUAUGCAAAAUGCAGUGUACACAAUAGAAAAUUUUAGCUUCAUUUAAAAUGAAGUUUUUUGUAAGCAUUCAGCUAACAUUUUUUAUACCGAUCUGGUUCACUAGAGAGCAACAUGUUAAAAAUUGCCUCCAUUCUUUGAGUAGAAAUUCAGCUAUCAUUUAGGCACGUAGACCAAAAAGUCAGUGGCAAGUCUUUCCUGCAGGAAUCCCGCUUCCGGCUUUUGAUCACCAAUUGUCUUGUUUCAUUGUACACAAAGUAAAUGGAGAAUUCAGGAAAGCAGCUAC